UCAAACCUUUCAGAGACAGAAGAGGUCAAGAAGAAAAGCAGCAAAGAUCAGUGAUCUGCAGGUUGCCAACACUCUAUCUGUUGCUCCAUCAUCUUCAAAGUCGAAGAAUUUGCUAUCGAAAUCUCGAUUUUUCUGUGUUGAUUUGGAUCCAUCUAGCUCCGGUGGUAGCUUAAUCCCAGAGAAACAAAGUGCAGUUCAAAUGACAGACACUUCUCAGGGAAAGAUUCAAGGGAAGGAAGUGAUUCCUGCUGAUUCUUCAUCUUCAAGAUCAUUGAAGCAGGAGGGCAAAAUUAACAACUUGAAGAAUUUCAGAAGCACAAGAUCAUUCAGGAGAAAAGGAAGAUCAAAGAUCAUGAAACCAACUAAUCCUUUGUCUGAUGAAGGAGCAACCCCACCAGAAUCAUCCACACCUCACAUCAAGAACCAAGGCAAAAAGGGCAUUUCCCAGGCAAGUCACAAUAGUGUUCAUUCUCAGGAAAAUUUAGGAUUAUCUGGUCAAAAAUCUUUGCAAACUUUAAUGAGGACAACUAGUUUGAGGACUAUGAGGGCUAGUUUCAAGUCCAAGAAGAGGCCUUCUUUUAGGUGUUCUCAAGUUCCUAAGGUCAAAACUGUGGGUAAACCUACUUGUUCUUCCACCAUUAAGAACUCAAAGUUCACUGAAAAUCCUGGACUGAAAACUCGGCAAACUGAAUCAGAUAGACUAGACAUGUAUAAAGUUUGCUCAUACCAUCAUUGUUCUCUCCAUGGCCAUUCUCAUGAUUCGUCGAACCCUCCAAAGCGCUUUUAUAUGAGAAGAAAAUCAUUGAAAUCAAAGAAAAGCAUAAAAAGGAACUCGAAUACAGCCCUUUCUGUCACAGAAGACAGCAAUGUGGAUUCUGACUCCAAAGCUUCUGCUGAGAAAGAGAAGAAUAUGAGAAUGUGGCACCUUAUACGUAGGAAUUUGCAUUCAGGCCUUGUUGCAGAAUCCAAGAACAAAACGAACCAUGAAGCUUACGACGAAAAUCUUGCUGAUGAUGAUUCCAGCAAAUUAUCUGCACCAGAAAGUUCUGGAUUAAGUAGUGCUGCAGAUCAGGAUAUGAAGCUUCUUGCUGUUAAGCUCGUUCGAGAAGCGAUAGAGAAGAUUCUUCUCCCAGAGGUUCCUGACCAAUCAUCUGAUGAUCUAUCAAUUACAAGUGACACUGCACCAGACCAAACACCCUUAGAAAAGAAUCAUGAUGGUCAAAAUAUAGAGAAGACAACAAGAGAGGUUGCAAAUGAAUCUGAGAGGAAAGCACCAAAACACUGGAGCAAUCUGAAGAAAUGGAUUCUGCUGCAACGAUUCAUCAAGGAAAUGGAAAAAGUGAGGAAGAUAAAGAUAAACCCAAGGAAGCCAAGGAAUUUGCAGCUGGAGACUGAUCCUGAACCAGAAAAUGUUCAUUUGAGACAACAAAUCGUGGAGGAGAGGAAACGAGGAGAAGAAUGGAUGCUUGAUUAUGCACUUCAGCAAGCAAUAAGCCAACUCGCCCCAACCCAGAAAAGAAAAGUGGAAAUGCUUGUAAAGGCAUUCGAAACAAUGGUGCCUCCUCAGGAAGAUCAGCAUUUUCAAUUCUCAUUUCCCAAUCUCAAAUCCAAUGCUAAAGAUGAUAGCUUUGUUUCAGAAAAAAAUGAAACAAUCAGUAAGGCCAAUGAUAAUACUCAAUCUUCUGAGCAACAAACUGAUGAAUUCCAUGGAGGAGGAUACCCUAAAGAUGGAACAGGCAGAGAAAAUUACAUCAGUAUGUGGCACAUGGUAUCUCAGCAUGUGCUGUCAGGUAUUGCAUCAAAAAUUGGAAGUGAGCUUCUUGAUGGAGCUGAAGAAACAAAACCCCCUGGCUCUCGUGACGAUGAUCUUGGUUACAGGAGAAAUUUUAACAGAGACGACGCCAUCAAACUCGUUAGAGAGGCAGUUAACGAGAUCCUCGUAACACAGUCUCAAGAUACUGAUUCUGUUGAUACAAAGUCAGAUCAAUUGAACAGGAAAGAGACAGCUGAUAAUGUGAUUGCAAAUGAUGAAAGCAGAGAAGUUUCUGAAGCUAAAGGCAAGGGUGAAGUGCCAAAAUCGAAGAAGUGGAGCAAGCUGAAAAAUCUGCUCCUUCUAAAGAGAUCAAUCAUGGCCAUGGAAAAUGCAAGGAAGCUGAAAUUGCUGCGACAACCACAACAUCUGCCAUUGAUGCCUAAUACAGAAGCAGAAAGAGUUGAUCUAAGACACCAGAUGAUGGAUGAGAGGAAGAAGGCUGAACAAUGGAUGCUUGAUUAUGCAGUGCAGCAUAUUGUGAGUAAAUUAACCCCAGCAAGGAAAAGAAGGGUGGCAAUGCUAGUUGAAGCUUUUGAAGCAGUUGUUCCGUUUCCAGAAAUUUAAGUCCAAGAAUUAUAUAUGAUAUGAAGUUCAUGCAUUUGUGUUUUGGUGAGACUUAACAUUAAGGCAAGCACAAAAGGAUUCUUAUUUAUGGUUAAGAACACUGUAUGUUUGUAGUUAUUUUGUACACAACAUGUAUGUUUCUUCACUACUACUACUA